UUUAUUCCCAGUGUAACCUAACGCGAAUCGUCACUGGAUAAAAGUUGCAUGUACUCCGUGAGUGGAGCUUCCACGAUGUAAUAAAGCGUUGUCCACCUAUGAUGAUGACAUGUAAGAAUUUUCUGGUCAUUAUUCUCUGCUUUUCUUAACUACAGUGGUGCCACCUUUUAAUUUCAAGUAUAAGAAGACCACAAUUGCUAUGGGGCUUAUUGCAACAGUGAUGCAAUUUAGUUGUCUGAGCUAGUAGCCAUGCAAGAUCAGAAGAUGCGAAAAGGGCCUUGGUUCGAGGAGGAAGAUCAGCGGCUUACUGCAAUUGUGCGCCUUUUAGGAGAACGGCGCUGGGAUGCCUUGGCAAAUGCAUCAGGUCUUGGGAGGAGCGGGAAGAGUUGUCGAUUGAGGUGGAUGAACUAUCUUCGUCCAAAUUUGAAGCAUGGUCGAAUAAGUGAAGAUGAGGAGAAACUUAUUCUUCAACUUCAUCAACAGUGGGGAAACAAAUGGUCUAGAAUUGCUAGAAAGUUGCCUGGAAGAACGGAUAAUGAGAUAAAGAACUACUGGAGAAGCCGUUUGAGAAGAGAAUAUCAAGUCCAGGGACAAGAGGAAGCAGAACAGCAGUUGACAGUUUCAAAUUGCGAAGGCAUUGCCCAGAGUAUUGGCACCAGAGAUUGCAUACUGGAAAAAGACGAGAUUUCUGAAAGCUCUUUUGAAUCUUCUGAUACAUUGCAGCUAUUAGAUUAUGCAAUUAUGCGUUCCCCGUAUGAAAAUAGAGUAUCGGAGUGGUUUGCAGAAUGGUCAAGUGACGAGAACAUUGACGGUGUGAAACAUAAUCUGGAUUACUGCAGUGCUGAUUCUUGUUACUGCUCCAGUUUGUUGUGGAACAUGGACUAGAGUUAGAAUUAUGAUUAGCUAGUUAAUAAUUACUGCAGAAGCAAACAAGCGAAAGAUUUCUUAAGUGUACAUAGGCCAAAGCCAACCAAUCAAAUUAUCUGUUUGUGUCGUCCUUUACAAAUUGUUGAGAUUCUGUCCAAUGGUUAUCUUGUGAGGUGCCUCCAUUGGUAGUGCGAAUUCUUUUGUCUCAGUGUUUGUAUAUAGAUGCACUAUGUCCUUUAUCAUUGGCACGGUUCAAAGAUUCAAUCUCAGCAAAU